CUGCGACCUACUCGAGGCUGCGAAAAAUGGAGUGAUGUUGGGGGGGGACCAGAGGCCCCCUGCCGGAAUGGGCCUUGCCGAAGAGGCGGGUGGGAUGCCUCUCCCUCCCACCCCGCAAAGAGUUAAGCAGAAAUGGUUAAUAUUCCUCCCUUGGGCCCCCACGUCCCGUAUUCUAAUGUAUGAACUCGCAUUCAGACGUGAGCCAGCCGCAUAUGCUUCCCGGCCGGCCUCGGCGACAUCUCGCCCCCUCGCACGGCGCGCGGGGUCUCCGCCGAGCCCUUCGUAAAAGCACGAUUUUGUGACCAUGUAACUCUCACCUGGGCGGCACGCACGCCCAGACGCGUGGCCCCCCGCGUUCCGAGCGGGGUCCGCUUUGCCCCUUCCCGUCCGAGGGCUCGGCUCGAGGUGAGAAAGAGGGGGCAGGGUUAUUAAGGAUUCUGACAAGGUAGGCUGAAUAAAUUGUGUUUCCUUUGUGAGCCUUAAUCCGGUGUUGUAUUGGCUUCUCGGACAUGGCUAAUUUAUUUGGAAUUUCAUUCUGUUCCUGACAGCGUCCUUGACUAGCUGUUUGAUCACCUCGAGCAAAGUUACAGCCAGCUUUCAGAUGUUGGAAGGGCGGUGGGGUAUAACUCAGCUCAAGUGCGUUCUCCCCGGGCCCGGCUUCCUGCCUGCAGCCGGGACGUUUCAAACGGCCGGGGGCCAUCCCUGGUUCGGGAGACAAGGCGGCCGGCGCGGGGGUCCCCCCCCACCACCCCGCGCCCCUCCAGGGAGGAGGCAGCUUUGGCCACUCGCCCCCUCCCCCCACUCGUCCCUCUGGUUGGGAUUCGAAUCUGCUUUUGUGGUGCAGGAAGAAAGAAAAUCAAUUUCCGCCCGUCUGUGAGUUCGGAACGGUGCGUUUCAAGGGAAACCCGGUUUCGAAAUGCGUGUUCUGUUGGCUUGAGGGGUUUGAGACGCAGUCUUCCAGGGGCGGGGCGGGGGGGGGGGAGAGGUAAACCGGCCUCAAUCCGUCCCAGGGUGCUCGCGCCCGCUGCGCACCGGUCCUCGCGUCUCCCCCGCCUCGUGUCUGUCGUGCAGAAGUGGUUGACGCUCAUUCUCUCCUAACUCACGUAUUUCCGCGGGGUUCGCACAUUUCCUUUUGGUGAGCGCAAGCGUGUCUUGCUUGGAUACAAAGGAAAAAUGGUGAUCUUGAUCGGUAAGCCGUCAACACCUCCGAGUGCCUCACUCUCGGCACAGUUGUGGCUGCUGGUUUUAUACUUUGGGCGGAAGCCGGUCUCAUGGACACAGGGGCCUCCUUCCCUUUGGGCUCUUGGCCCCGGUACAUGGGACACCUUCCUGCUGAGCGCCUUCUAGGUGCCAGGACGGGGGGGAUCUGGUGGGAGCUCGCGGGCUAGACGCAUGUCAGAGAUUUCAGAGGAUUUCAGCGCCGUGGUCAAAGUGGAAAACAGAAUCAACCAACCGACCAAAACCAGUGUGAUAUGCCGGAUGGACCUCGGGUGGAGAGGGGCCAGCGUCACUGACCAGCUCUUCCCCUGGAGUCCCUGAAGUCCGCUGGCCGCCUGCCGCCUUUGAGCAGUGAUGUACUUCCCCGGCAAAGCAGGCUUACCCCCGGCCUUACCCGCAGACACGGGGAAGGGGCUAUUGCCCCCUUUUAUGGAGGAGGCAGUUGAGGCCCGGGGCAUCGCAGGACGCCCCGAUGAGAGCCGCCAACUGAAAUGGGGCCCCCGGGGCUGGUUCCGGUGCUGUCACUCGCAGUGCGAGCUGGUCUGGGUGGGGGGGCGGGGGCGGACUGGGCCACACCUCCAUCCCAGACCCCCCCGGGCUGGGGUGGCCCCUGCUCAGCUCUGUGCGUCGUGGGAAACUCUGACUCCCUUUAAGGGGGACACUCGUCAUCUUUGUCACGGGUUGUGUUCAGGGGGAGGGCAGGAGGGAAGGGGGAAGCCGGGAAGAUGUCCCAAGUUCACAGCGAUCUGGAGCGGAAUUCUGGGGCCUGUUUUGACCUUUGGGCUUGUCCUGAUCUGCAGGGGAGCUGGGCGUUCGUUCCCCCCUGCCCCCAGUCGGUCCUGGGUCGCGGUGCUGGGCAGCCCCCACAGCAUGUUCCCUGGAGGAGUAAAGAGCUACUGAAGCUAGGGGUCGGGGGCACAGAGGUGGGUAAAAGGUCCCAGAGACCAGGGUGCAGCCCCGACCGUGCCCCAAGCCCAUCACCUCUGCUAGUUGUAAGAUGAGUAGAGUGGGGAGCACGCGGUGCCCACCCCACGGGACACGGUGGGAACUGCGUGACAUCAGAGCUGGCCUGUCUGAUGCACUUUCUCGUCGCCGAAAUAUUUUCUCCUUCUGGGUGACGGCCACCUUAUCCACUAGGGUCUGCUGCACCUGCUGUGUGUCACGUACACCCUUCUUGGGAGAAGUCAGCGGGGGGCACAGCCGUGACACUGUCCGGGGGCUGGGGACAUUCACUUCCUCUCCCGAAGGGCGUGCUGACCUUGGCCUCGCGGACUCUGGGGCCCGGGGGCAUCUGAGCAGGAUCUGGGAGGCCUCCGUGAUCCCAGAGCUUCUGGGUGUGUGGAUGCCACGUGACCGGGACGCUGUUGACUCUGCGGGUCCCAUGGUGUGCUUGGCAAACACAGGGAUUUACCCAAGGCCACCCUGUCCCCACCUGCCAGGUCGGGAGCUGGCGUGCGCUCGGUGCCUUGGGUUCGCCCAGAACACCCACCUGGAGACGCUGACCGCUCAGAUAGAGAAGAAAUUCAGGAAGGGGCGUCAGGUGGCCGGCAGUCCCGGGGGCCCCCGAGCCUUCUCCCUGACCAGGAACCUGCGGGGGGACUGCACGCUUUCCGGGGGGUCGGUGCCCAGACAGGCUGAGGCUCCAGGUCAGCCGCGAGCCCGCGGUGGGACCCGCUAGAUCAAGGCCGAGGGUCACGGUGAGGGUGAGAAGGGGUGGAGGUGGGAGGGGGAGGGGCAGCUCGGCCAGGGCCUCCGCAGGGGGAGCGGGGAGCGAGCAGGUCUGUCCCGCCGCCGCACGCAGGUGGCAGCGCGCGGGUGCGCCGACCCCCACGGACCCCCUCGCGGGCGGAGGGGGGGGAAGGGGGGGUCCUCUCGCGUCCCCUCCGCUUCCCCGCGUCCCCUUCCCCGCGCCACGCCCCCCCCUGCCGCCGAGCGAUAGCUAAUUGGGCAGAGAAAGGGCCCGAUUGUCUGCGCGCCGGAAGCGCGGGCGUGGGCGGCUGGAAGCGCCGAGAAGGUGGCCGGCCUCGCCCGGCAGCUGCCGCCGGAGCCGCCCGGGGGUGACGUCAGCGCUGGCGAGCGGGGAGCCCGGCGGAGAGGGGGGCGCUCGCGGCCUCGCCACAAUGCGACCAUUGUGGGCCCUUGAAUGCGGCCGGGCCUCUUGACCGGGGAGGCCGCGAGCCUCGCGCUCUGGCCUGUCACUCGCCGCCGGGGAGGCCCGGGCUCCGAUCCGGGGGAGCAGGCCCCUCCCCCCCGGCACAGCCCGCACCCCAGUGGGGGCCCCCACCCUCGGCAUGGCCUCCUGGUGGGAGGGAAGCACCGGCCCUGACCCGCUCCUGGUCCUGCUGGUCAUUGUCCUGUUAGCCCGCUUCAUUCUCUGGUCCUGCCUCGGGACCUACAUAGACUAUAAGUUGGCCCGGCGGCACCCCCAGAAGCCCAAGGAGGACUAGGGCCUCUGCCGGCGGCUGGGGACUCUGAGCGUCACCCUCCCCCCCCCCCCCCAGGAGGGCACUGCCCCAGAGGCGUCCUCUCCUGAGCCGAGGGCGCGCGGGGAGGGCCAGGCCACCGACCCCCGGCUCCUACCCGCAGGGCAGAGAUGGACCGUGGCGCCCCACCCACUGGCCCUGAGCUGUCCUGGUCACCAGCCCGUCCCAUGUCGGGACAGAGGGGCCACCACGGCCUGUCUGUCCGUCCGUCAGGGUCUGGGGUCCGCAGCUGGAGGGAGCGAUCGUGGGGGGCUCGGUCCGCUCUGCCUCCACGUCUUUGUAAGUAUGUUUGCGGGAGGAGGUGGGGAUGAGCCACAGGGGCUGGGGUGGGCGCCGAGGGGACAGAUGUGGCCACGUCACGAGCCAGCCCUGCCACCCAAAGCUGCCUUGCCCCUCGGCUUCCUCCUGCCCCCCGGAGGGAUAAUAGUAAGUUCAGACGGCUGCCUUGGUUUCCCCAGAGCAGACCCCCAGAGGGUCUCAGGACAGGCUCGACACCUGAGUUCGAGUCCAGCUCUGGUUGGCCGCGGGGAAGGAAAUCUCUGUCUCUAAAAUGGGCGCAAUAAUCCCUCCCUCCUCAGAAGGGUACGAGGAGGGUUGGACGAGGGGUAGGGUGGCAGCCCCCCCAGCCUGCACCCUGCUGGACUCGGAGGACGGCGCAGGAGAGAAAGCAGGGACCCAGUGAGAGCCUCUCUUCCUCGCUGCUUGGAAGCGUGUGGCUGAGACGCGCCUCAGAAGGCGGGCAGGCGGGAGGGUUGACUCGGGCCCCAGGAGCCGCGCCUGCCCGUCACACCCCGCCUGGGAGCGCCACCCGGUGGCUCUGAGGUUCUCGACCUGGUGGCUCCUUCUAAUCACCCUGCGGAUUUUAGCCAACACGAUGGCCGGGCUCCCCAGACGGAGAAGCAGGGGCAGGGACAAGAUGUCCUUGGGAGGCUGGCGCCUGGUUGCACAGGACCGGGGACACCUGUCAGAGCAGAGUCUUAGGGAGCUGGUGUUGCUGACCUGGGCCAGCAGACUCGGGAAGGCCCGGCCCGGCGCCACCCGUCUUGCCUUGCGGCGUCCCCGCAGAGGGACCGCAGGCCCGAGCCGGGGGUGCGGCGGGACCUGAUGAACUCACCGACACCGAGGAGAUCUUGUUUUGCUCCCGAAGGACCUGCCGUGCUCCAGGCAACCUCGGGGCCCGGGGAGCCGGUUGGCGGAAGCGGGGACCUUCUGGGGGCGGGGCUGACCCACACGAGAGAUUUUGAUGGGGGGGGGGGUGUCUGGGGGCGGAUGGCCGAUGAGGCUCUUUUCUUCCGGAUGACGGUCCAGAGAGUCUGCGCGGUGGUGUUGGUGGUGGUGGGAGGGGCUUGGUGUGCGUGGAUUCAUCAGGGGCUGGAGGGCGGCUGUCCUGGGGGGUUGUGGGAGCCACAGAACUCACGCCCCCACCGCGUCCAGAACCUGAUGGUAGGGGUCAGGGGAGGAGGUGUUCUCGUUGCCCUGAAGGAAAACGGCGUUCAAUGCCCUUUUAAAAUCACGCGUGAUUUUACUGGUCUCUUUGAGAAGAACCACGUGUGUUCUCAGGAUCGGGUAUCAAAGGAGGGCGGGUGGCCAUUCAUUCCGGUUCCCUUGGGACGGACCCAGGUUUAAAACGGGACGUUCCCCGUCCCGGGAGACCCCUCUACCUCCUGCAUAGCAGGCCCCGCCCCCACCCGAGGGAGGAAAAGUCCCAGCACACAGCGUGUUAAUGGGUCUCCAGUCGCGGACCUGCGAGUAAUCUGCGUGCAGCCUGCGUGUGCACACGGGUGCGUGUGAUGGCGCUUCGGCCCAUACUUGCGGUGCGCCGUUUGGUCCAGCGAGCCAGGAUGCUGGGGCUCUCACCGCCGCCCCUGCUGUUGGGGUGGUCUGGCAGAGGGGACAGAAGCGGGAGGCUCCUGCCAACGUGGGACCGUGCAAGAAAACCAGAUUCUGCCAGGGCUGUUUGAGCCCCUUUGGAGUUACACUGGUCGGUACCUUUCUUCCCCCUGCCGCCGAAGCCAGUUUGCGUUGUGUCCUGAUUCACAACGGAUACGUUCUGCUGGGCGCGGGUCUCUGCAGCGAUGCACCAGGCCAGCCAUCUACAGCCUUAUGAUGCCUGCCCGGCUCAGAACAGGCACUCGAGCCACGGCGACUGAGUGAAUUACAGGAUGUACCCCGGCCUGAUAUCAUGCAGCAACCACAUCUAGCUGCAAGUGACAGACGAGUAAACAGUGACUUAAACAAGAGAA